AUGAAGACCCGAAUCGAGCUUGCAAAGAUCGGCCAGUUCUGCGACGCCGCCAUCUCAGGUCUCACGAGCGAUUUGGGCUUCGAUGCUCUAUCUAACUUCACUGCCGAGUCGGACACGAUCUUGAAGCAAUUUCAGGAGUUGAACGCUCCUGCUCAAGGUGACAGUGCUUCCAAGCCCCUGCUUCUGAUUCUUGGAGCGGAGGAUACUAUUGUUUCGGAGGAGUCCGGUACUGCUUCAUGGAAGGACUCUUGUGGGCACGGGAAUAUCAUCCAUUUGAGUGUAUACCCGGGCCUAGAUCACAGUGCUGUUUUGACGGCUGCGACGCCUGAGUGGCUCAGGUUCAUCCAGGAUCGCUUCGCUUCGAAUCCGGUUCAGAAUCAAUGCAUGAACGAGACUAAGAUUCCGUUCGAUCUUGACAACGCUCAGCGGCCGCUGGACACAUACUAA